GAAGACUAGUAUUUUGAGUCAAUAUGUCCUUGCCAAACUACUGCCAACGACUGUAGGCUUGAGAACAAAAUGGACGAGGUGGAUUUAGAGAGGAUUGGCAAUAUGACUGCCCCUGCUACUAGCUGUCCGACAUACUCGCUCGUCCAACCCUUGAUAACAUGAUAACUGACAAAUGCGAUUAUUCCGAGAGGGGAGUCGUAUUCAAAGAUUCCGAUAUCCGAUAUUCAUCAAAUUUUUGAUGGAAGUGCAUACCCGAGCACCGGGAUCCAUUCCCCACUCCAGAAUAGCACUGAUGGCGAAUUUACUAAUCUGACCUCUCCAUUUAUAGAAGCGCCUGGAGACUGCCACGAUCAGUUCUGGAUAUCACCCUCUAUGACUGAUUCGACGGAUCCCUGGUCAACUAAUACACCGAUUUCUUCUAUAUCACCCGGCGAUCGCGGAUCAGCGCUUGGCAACCCGGCAAAUAGCGACAUUAAUGACGGCGGACACACAGUGGUCUUCAACUACGGACUGCCUCAAGGAAGCCUAAAAGAGAUCCCGAAAGAAAACCCGGAAGCAUCUUUGCGAUCAUCACCCAAAGAGUGUACGCAUCAGCGACGACUUGCUCUAGAUUCUCACAACCAGCCUGCUCACAUGCUACCUGCUGACCUUGACCGGAAAUCUAUAGUGGCUCACACUACUGAAGCAUCCGAUGACACCGGGGGCAGAGAUACCGGAGGAAAUGGAGAUACCAGAGGAGGCAGGGUUUGCAGUGAUAAUAGUAUCAGCAAGGGCGAGGUUUUGGAUAUGGCUAGGAUGUACAUCGAGAGAAUGGAGAGGGAGGGGGAGCUGCUACUCCAGGAAAGGGAUAGACUGUUGUCCAGCGCAGACUUGAUAGUGAUGUAAUAAUGAUAAACGGCGGGGUCGCCCACCCUUGGGAAUUAACGCCCUGGAUCAUAGUAGCCCAUUCCCUAUUUCCUUGUUGGGCCAUUUUUGGUCUUCCACGUCGUUCAGCACUCGUAACGACCAUCCCAGUUGAGAUAAUACCCA